GAGGAGGGGGGGUUUCCAUCAUGGCGUCGAUGCAGAAAAGGCUACAAAAGGAAUUAUUAGCCUUGCAAAACGAUCCACCCCCAGGAAUGACGCUCAAUGAAAAAAGUGUACAGAACACCAUUACACAGUGGAUUGUAGAUAUGGAGGGAGCACCCGGCACACUGUAUGAAGGAGAGAAAUUUCAGCUGCUUUUCAAAUUUAGUAGUCGAUAUCCUUUUGAUUCACCUCAGGUAAUGUUCACAGGAGAGAAUAUACCUGUCCACCCGCAUGUGUAUAGCAACGGUCACAUCUGUCUAUCUAUCCUAACGGAAGAUUGGUCGCCAGCGCUCUCGGUGCAAUCAGUUUGUCUUAGCAUUAUCAGCAUGUUGUCAAGCUGCAAAGAAAAGAGACGACCGCCUGAUAACUCAUUUUAUGUAAGAACAUGUAACAAAAACCCAAAGAAAACAAAAUGGUGGUAUCACGAUGAUACAUGCUAAUGUACAAACUUUGUAUUAAUGGUAGAAGAGAGAAGUCCUACUGACCUACGUAAAGCACUUUUUAAUCAUUCAGUCUUUGAACUCUGACCUUUGACUGGAACAAUGGACACCAUGCGCUGGAGGCUCUUGGCUGCAUGUUUUAGUCGGUUGUAAAAUAGAAAAUAACGGAACGUUUAGCUGCACCCAAGAUGGAACUUCUUCCUUUUUUGUGUGUGUUUUUGUUUUUUUUGUUUUGUUUUGGUUUUUUUGAUCCGUUUUUUGGGGGGAGGGCAAAAAGGUCACAAUGCAGCGAGCAAGUAAGGCAGACUUGUACUGAUACUUAUAAUUCCUCUUUUAAGAUUAUUAUUGUUACUUUUUUUGUUUGUGUGUGGCUGCAUUUUAAGGUCCUUGUGUUGUGCAAUAAUAACCGGUGGAUGCAUGCUGGGGCCUACAAAGAGAGAUCUAAAUCUAACAGUCUUCUGGAAGGGAUUUGACCAUCAAAACCCCAAGAAAAUGCUUCAUCUGUUUUUAUUAUUAUUAUUAGUAGUAGUACUACAUGCACUGUGACGGUAUCUAGUUUAAAAAGGCACUAUUACGUUAUUCCCAACUUGCAGGUGUACUGUAAGCAGUCCUUGAUGCUUAUCAGGUUCAAGGGUUUUAGUUUUUUAACCACUGUAUCGACAGCACACACGCUCUUCUUCAUCUUCCAACUCUUAAGACCUGGUUGCAGUUCUUCCUGCCAUCGGACUAAAAUUCGGUACACACGGGAAUAGCACAGGCGUGACGGUAGAUCCAGGAGUCAUCCAGUGACCUCGGCGUUUGUCUCCUCGUAAAGUUGGGCUGAACUUUUCUGGUCCAGCCUUUUAAGACGUGCAUCAGCCUCUCUUCCAUUUAAAGAAUGUCAUCGCAUGAUCCAUUUGUAUUUGUAUGAUAUAUAUUUUUUAUUAUUAUUUCAUGCUUUAAUCUUCUGAAAUGUUUGAAUUUUUUUUUUUGAAUGUCUUUUUUUUUUUUUUUUUUUUUUUUCUUGCAUUUUGUUUUCCCAACUAGCUGAUACUUUGAAAAGGGGGUGCUUUUGACGGGUCAGUAUGUUUUAAAAAAUUUUUUCCUCUUUAAUUUAAAUCUUCAUUUUGAUCUCUAGAAUGACAAAGUCUUUCUAGAAUGUAUGAAGACAAUACUUUUUUUUUUUUUUUUUUUUUUCCCCCUCUCUCUCUCUCUUCCCCCUGGUCAGAGUUUUGGCUCAGGUACUUUUUCAAUAAAGAGAUCACCUCUAAAAAGACACCUAUCAGAGAUUUUGAAUUUAACUAUAUUUUCACCAAAAGAGACUGUUAUGUUGUAAACUUGUAACAUGUCUGAAACUAUUCUGUACAUACAUGCGUCUUUAAAUUGUUGGAUGAUGUGCAAGAACCUGGCAAAGGAUGCAUUAACUUUAUAGCAGAAUGAUGAUAGGAGUGCUUUAUUUCAUUGGAACUUUGCAUCUUUUGCCAAUUAGCUUGUGUACGGUCAGCAACAAACAUGUAAAGCUGGUUUUGGAAAAAAGGAAAAAAAAAAAAAAAAAAGAAGGUAGUUUUACAGUAGGGGUGCAUGCAAUUUCAAACCCUACUUUUUCUUAUUGGCAUCUAACAUUGUGGCAACUUUUAGUCGUUCCAUAACUGAGGUCACGGUUUAUAGGAUGGAUGCUAACAGUGCUCACCUCCAGAGGCUGUGCUCAUUUCAAAGUGUAAUCACUCCAUUCCUAAAGACAUGUUUAUCGCCAUCCAGUCAGAGAUACUUGAAUUUUUUCCAUCUUGAGUUGUUUGUAUCUACUACUUUUUUUUUUCUUUCUUUCUUUUUUCCCCUUUUCCAGGGUCUAGCUGAGUUUCUUGAAUGAACAUGCGUGAAUGUGAUGAUGCUCUAUUCUGUAGAGGAGAUUACCACAGCACACGGCUAUCUGAAGAAGAUUUAAAAACAAAAAACUAUAUUGAUAAUUUAAAGACAUCUAUUUAACCAAUGUGUUUUUUUUAUUAGUUUCAUUGUAUAAGGUUGUAUCUGCUAUCACUGCUUCGAGAAUAAGACUGACUGAAACACUGAUUGUGUAAAUGUAGUCACAGCAGCAUCAGUGCAGAGAGACGCCUAAUGGAUCAAUAAAGGCUUUUUUUUGUUGUUUUUUAAACAUGCUUGUGGUUAUGUUACAGGGUUUGGCUGUUCUUUUUUGUUUUUUCCCCCUUAGGUUACUUUUUUUUUUUAAAUGUGGUUUGAACUCUUAGCUUGCAAGUUGUUGUGAGUGGUCAACACUAAUAAGGGUGUGUUAUUUAUAUUUGAAAUUUUGUUCUGGGAUGUGCAAGCUCCAUGUAAUAGGUGCCUGUUCAUUUUCAUAAUCAAUAAUAAAAACAAAGAUUCACUUUUAUUCAA